ACGGGACUGGCAACGUACAGCGAUUCCGGUGCAGAGGAAGCCGACGCAGACGCGGAGUGAGCCGGCGUGACUGGGUUACGCGUUAUCCACGCUCGUCGUGAGAGAGCACGGAGGAAUUGCUCCGUCAGCUACUGCACCUGUCGCGAAUCCAUUCUCUGGAUUUCUGCUCUGCAUCAUCUCACACACUCCUCACACACUCCACCACUGUGUGUCAGGAUGAAGCUCCUCGCUCUGGUGCUCCUGCUCUCUGCUUUCUCCUCACUGACCCUGACGGAGGUUGUCAAUUCUUUUAAACAAUCCUGUCCUUCAUUCUUCAUCCAAAACCCAGAAAAAAAAAGUGACAUCAUCGUCCCUACUAUCUUUAGAGGACAUCAGUAUAAGACCAUUUGUCAGCGCUGGAAAAACAAAUACAGAUUUGCCACCGUGUAUGACACUGAGAGGAGGAUCCCUGUUUACUCGGCCUACACGUUCUUACAGGAAGGGCAGACUACACGCAGUGAUGAAUGGAAAAUUGAACCUCAGCUCGAAGAUAUCAAAGAAUAUAAAGAAAAGAAAGAGAUGAUGGAUUCCCCGAGAGAUGAAGAAACUGUGAGAAAUAUAAUUAACCAGGCUGUGGACAUAGAUUAUAAAGACAGUAGUUAUACUCGAGGUCACGUGUUUCCACGUAGCUUUGCUGCUGAUCAGGAUCAAGCAGAUUCCACCUUCACUUUAACCAACAUAGCACCACAAACAAAACACAGCAACGAGGAGUGGGCAAGUCAGGUGGAGGAACCGAUGCUUACAGAAAUACAAAGAAAUUGCAGGCUAGACCAAAAUUACAGGGCGUACAUUGUGACUGGGGUCGUUCCAGGGAAUAAAUGGAUAUCCAUAACAAGAGACAAAAAGUACAAAGAAGGAAUUAACAUCCCCAGUCAUUUUUGGAGCGCUUUCUGUUGCAACAAUAAAAAAGAUAUUAAGAACUUCAUAACGAUGGCCUACAUCGCUGAGCUAGAGAACUUUAUUGUCCGAAAUCCCACCAUUGAUAACCUGAAUAAACGACUCACUGAGUUGUAUGGUCAGAGGUUCAGUGUGUUUCCAGGAUUACCAGUUGAGGAAAUAGAGCCUCCUUUUUAGCCUGAAAUUCUCUAUUAAAUCUAAAAAUCUCAUAAAACAACUUCAUUCAAUUAAUGCUGAUUAAAACAUAUACAAGAAGCAUGCAAACUGCUCUAUUAUAUUACAUCUCAUCCUCUGAUGCAUUUUUAAUUGUACUAAAUCAGGUUGUUUAUUUACGGCUGCUUGCACUCUCAGCCAGCGCACAAUUUACAGAUAACUCUACAAGAAGUAGACUUUUUUUUUUGUCGUACUAAAACUUUUUUAGCUCCUGACCAAUCAAGUCACAUGUUUUGGUGGGGAGUUCUUGAUUUUGCUAGUCACAACUUUCAUGAUAAUAUAAAUAGUUAUCUCACUGUUAAAUAACCUGCAAAUCUAUAAAAUCUUCUGCAAAACUUG